AUGCAUGUUCCAAAAUGUCAAAAUCACUCCAUAUUCUCUCUUUUCCAUUUAGACUCAUUUGUUGCCCUAGCUGUUGCUCCAGUGGCUCCUGUCUCUCCUCCUAAAGCCGAACCUGGACCUGUGCUGGACCUCCUUGACACAUUUGGUGACACUACUGGGGAGACCCAGUCCGCUGCUCCUGGAGCACCAUCAGGUGACCUGCUUGGAGGGUUGAUUUCACCGGUCGCCCCCACAGUUACACCAACCCCAGCACCAGUGCCAUCCUCAGCCCCAGCUGACCUGCUGGAGUCUGCUUUUGAUGCCUUUGGCUCUGAGCUGGAAUCUGCCACACCAGCGGCAGCAGACAGCGCCCCUGCCACCGCAGCACCCUCUGGUGGCUUUGACACAUCAAGUAAGAAAUCAAAUUAUAUAUGUUCACUUGGGUUUUUGAACAGAUAAAUACACUCUUAUUAAACAUGAACACUUACCUAUUUGGCAAAACUUCUUUUAGUUUCUCUUGAACACAGCAAGGCUUCUUUCAGGCUUGCUUGCUUCUCAGCACACUUUUGCCUUGCAUGAGCACUUCUGUAUCUGCUGACCUUCUUAAAUAAUACAGAGAGGAUCUGGCAGCGCUUAUAAAAUGCAUUCUCCCUGUGCUUUUUCUCCUUUUUCAUUUCAAUUUGUGUUCUGUCCAUUCUUGCUUUCUUACUGUAAUACUUUUUUUCUCAACUUUAUGAUCUGUCCCAUUCUUCUGUCGUCUCUCUGCGCUUUGUUUCUGAUAAAUCUCUCUUUGCUCACUGAUCUGGCUCAUUGCUUGCUCCUGCUGUGCCAUUGGUGAGUUGGCGAGAGAACUCAGGGCUUUGCAGCAUGUAUCGUUUUAUCUGAUCACGCCUAAGGGUUUGGGAGGUGUGAAUGUUCUAGCGCUAUUUGUUCUUCCUGCACACCCUUUACCCUUUGACCUCUCUGUGCAGUUUUUCCCUGCACACCCACAUUACAGAUCUUGUGCAUUGCUGCUCAAUAAAUUGCCUGCCUUA